CUUCUCUUCUUCUUCUACCAACGCACUGCUACCUGAGCUACUCCCAGCUACUUCCAGCUACUCCCAAGCUAUAAAACCCCUCCCCCUCCUCCGUCUCUGUAUCUCAGCUCAACUUCCCACAUUUACCUAUAAACUAACUCAACCACCAUGAGCCUCCCCUCCAACGUCCACGUCUCCUCCCACCCCCUCCUGCAGGCCAAGCUCUCGCAACUGCGCUCCUCCUCCACCUCCACCCGUCAAACCCGCGAUCUCGUCCACGAGAUUGCCACCAUUCUGGGCGUGGAAGCUUUUGCAUCUGGCUGGAAAACGAAGCAAGAUGGAACGGACAAAACCCCACUAGGCAUCGAAUACCCAACCACGACCCUCGACCCCUCCAACAUCGCCUUGGUGCCCAUCCUCCGCUCCGGACUAGGCAUGACCGACGCCAUAAACUCGCUCCUCCCCACCAGCAUCCCCAUCUACCACCUGGGCCUCUUCCGCGAGCGCCUCACCCUGCAACCGGUCGAGUACUACAACAACCUGCCCUUCCACAAGGCCGCCGGCAGCGCCAACCCGGCCGCCGCCGAGACGGCCAUCCUGCUGGACCCGAUCAUCGCGACGGGCGCCACGGCCGAGGCGGCCAUCCAGCUGCUGCGGGAAUGGGGGGUGCGGCGCGUCGUGAUGCUGAGCGUGUUAGGGUCAGAGGCCGGGAUCCGCCGGGCGGCGGGGACGUGGGCGGACGGGGUGGAGGUGUGGACGGGGGCGGUGGACGCGCAGUGCGACGAGCGCGGGAUGAUCGUGCCCGGGUUGGGGGAUAUUGGGGAUCGUUUGUUUGUGGCGAUUGGGAAGUAGAUUUUUUUUGCUGUCGGUGGGUGGUAAGUUUCAACUGGGUGAUUGGGGGGUAAGUUAGGUAGCAUUGUCAUUAUGGCAUAGGCAUAGAUAAAUGGGGUGUGAGGAAGAGAAUGAAUCCAUAUGAG